AUGUCAUCAAAUACUACUACAACAGCAAACAGCAACGUCAAAAUUACUAUUAAAUUACCUGCUGAUAUUACUAUCACUUCUUCUUCUCACAGUAAAAAUAAAAAACCUACUACUGUGAAGGAUAAACUUUCUUUCCUCUUCAAUAGAGAGACCAAAGUCCAAACAAUUUUAGAAGUUUUGGGUAUUGCUAACGAAACCAAAUAUUUGACUAAUCUCGAUUUGAAAGCUGGAGGUCAAGUCUUAUCUGAAGAUGCUCCAUUGAAUACUAUUGUUCCAGAUAACGUUGACAAUUUGGAUUUAUCUAUUGGAUUGAAGCCAUACACUACCAGAGAAGCCUUAAAACACGUGGUUGUAUUACGUGAUUUCAUCGGCUUUACCUCUGAGACUGAAGAUAAUUUAGUUGAAUUUGCAACAUCCAAUGCUACUAAAUUUCCAUUCUUACCAUUAGAUCCAAUUAAGGAAAAGAAAAAUGUUAAAAAAUCCAAAAAAACAGAGACAGUUGACAGUGAGGAUAAAGAAAAGGAAACUAAAAAUGACGAACCAAACAAAAACGUUUUUGAAAUAUCUGCUGAGGAAAAAGAAAAGACCAAAAAGAAUAUUCUUGAAAUAUUCUCUUCCUUAGAAAAAUCCUCUGUCAAGGAUUUACAAACUACUCAAGCUAAUGUGAUAUCUCCAUGUGUCCGCUCUAUUAGUCUUUCUCAAUAUAAUCCUGUUCCAGAAUUUUACAAAUCUAAGGGUCAUUUACUAUAUUUACAAAUUGUUACAUUAGAAGGUGAAAAUUUCCACAUUACUGCCACUCCUUCUGGUUUCUACAUUAAUAAAUCUACAAAUACCAAAUUUGACCCAUCCCAUAAAAUAUUUGAAGACAAUCCUCAGUUGAACAACAGAGUAUUCUACAACUUAUUCAACUUAAUUGCUACUCAUUCGAAGAAAUUUGUCUCCCAUGUUGAAAUUAUGGAAAAUAAAAUUGGUGCAUUAGAAUCUGUUACUUAUGUGAAACCAUUAACUACUUUCUUACACAAGCCAUGGUUAGUCAAUUCCACAAACUUCCCAUCUGCUGGCGAUUAUUUCCGCUUACAAAGUGACUCUAUUGAUUCAAACUUAUCAUCUGAAAGAAACUUUAAUGAUGAGUUCCAAGCUGUCAAAGAUCUUUCAGUCGACACUUUAGCUGCAAGAAUGGACAGUGAAAGACUAUCUGCCAAGUUGAUUCAAGAUUUCUCUGUUAGUGCCACUAAAGGUGCCAUGUCUAUCUUCCAAAAAAAUCUUUUGCCAAUGAAUCCUGAUGCACCAGAGGUUGAACAAAUUUUCUUGAAAGAUAACAUUUUCUAUUCUUUUGUCACUGAUGUUAGUGGUACUUAUGAAGGUAAAGGUGGUGAUGAGGCUGCAAGAGUUGCUGCUAACCAAGAUCUUUUAACUUUAUCUGCUUUAAACAGGAUUGGAUUAAAGGAAAUUAGAUAUCUAUUGACUACUAUUGUUGAUAUUGCUGGCAAAAGGAUCUUAGCUCAAACACCAGUACCAGGUCUUUUAAAUACUGUUGGUACAGAAAUUGUUAAGGAUGAAGAGACCGGUGAAGAAACCAUGAAGGAUUUAGAAAGUGACAUUACAAUUAAUUACGGUUUUGAUGAAGAAACUAAGACCAUCAUCAAGAACGAAAAAUUCGAUAAGUUAUUAAAGAAAGAAUUCACAAAAUCGUUCCAUUUGAAAAAGGAUAAUGAAAAUAGUGUGGUCUUCUCUUCUUUUUCAAAGGGUAUUACUGGCUUAGAUAAGAGAAAUUACAUUUUAGAUUUGGCAAAUACUUAUCCAUUGGAUAUAAAUUUUGUUAAACAACACUUUGAUGGUGUCGAAGAUGCUAAAAAACGUUAUCCUCAUAGACAAACAUUAUUACGUCCUGAACUAAUUCAAAAAUGGUGGAUUGAACAAGUUGAUAAGACUGAAGGGUUAGAUUCUAACACUGCUUACGAAGAAUCCAAAUUUGCCUACAAUCCAGAUGCCUAUCAAAUUGACGGUGUUAGAGACACUACGGUUGACAACAUCUCCAAGUACCUAAACGAUACUGUUAUUCCUAAUGUUGUUGAUGAUUUUGUCAAUAGUAAUUCUUCUCCUCCAUACAAUGGUGAACAUUUGAUAGAUACUUUACACAAAAAUGGUAUCAAUAUCCGUUAUAUAGGUAAGAUUGCAACAUUAGCUAAGGCUAAAUUAGACAAACAAAUAGUUGAACAUACUCAAAGAUUAAAGGAUGUAAUUAUUGCUAAUAAGGAAUAUGAGGAUUGGGAAGCCUCUUACUUGAUCAAAAUUGAAAAUAUGAUCAAGGAAAGACAACAAGAAAUUAACAAAUACGUUCAAGAGGGUAAAGAAGUUCCAAAGGAAUUACUUGAAGACUUGAAAUUAAAUGAUGACGAGAUUAAACACCCAACUAAUGAACCUGCCAUUAUUAUUAAUUACGAUGAGUUAAUUCCGUUAAUUAAGAUCUCUGAAAUUGAAAUGGUGUCUCGUGCAACUAAGCACAUUUUAAGACAAUAUGCUAAAGAAUUGCCAUAUCCUGUUGUCUCAUCAUUAGUUGCCUACGUUUUUAAUUUAUUACUUGGCUAUGAUUACAACGAAAAUCCAAUUGCUGAAGAAGUUGACAAAUUCUACUCAUUAAAGAAUUACUCUUUUGCAUCAUUAAAUCGUGAUGAUUUAUUAAAAUCCAUCCAAAAGGAAGUUUUCUUACGUUUCCGUUAUGAUUUAUCUUUUGAAAAUCUUACUGCUUUGCUAAAGAACAAGUACUUGCUAAUGAGGACAAUCUCCUACAGAUUCGGUAUUCAGUGGAUUAAUAAAAAUUACUUUUUUACCAAGAACGAUUUUGAGGGAUAUAAAGCUUCUCUAGACAAAAAAUUGAAGCAAAAAUUGGUUACCCCCACAACUACUUUCUCCAAAGAUGAUCUAUCUAUCAUUCCACGCGUUAAGACCCUUCACUCUUUUUCUAUUGCUAGUGAAGACUACUGGACCCAGGGUAGUGUUUUACUGUCUGAAAAUAAAGAAACUGAAGGGUUAACCUUUAUGGCUCAAUCUAUCGCCAUUUUAGAAGACGUGCUUGGUGUUGUUCAUCCUGAGGUUGCUGAAAAGUAUAUGAGCAUGGCUACUGUUUACAGCAAAUUGAAUCUAAUUGAUGAAGCUGUUGCAUUCUGUCGUAAAGCUUGUACCAUUUAUGAAAGAACAUGUGGUAUUGAUUCUUUUGAAAUGAUUAGAGCCUUAUUUAACUUAGCCUUGUUAGAAUUAGCUAACGAAAGUCCAUACAACAGCACUCUUAUUUCGAAUAGAAUCAUCCAGACAUUAGAAGCAUUAAAGUUGACCCACUUACACCAUCCUACAGCAUCUAGCAUUAUUCGUCAAUUAGAACAAAUCUCAUUAGGUAUUGAAGAUAUUAAGUUAGCUUUACAAUCAUUAAAUAUUCUUUCUGACUUUAUUGUUAAAUUAGAUGGUAAAGAAUGUUUGGCUUAUGGUUAUGUUCAAUCUCAAAUUGGUAACUUGUAUGCUACCAUGAAAGAUCACCGUGCAGCUUUAGAACAUAUCACAUAUGCAAAAGAUGUCUUCUUCAAUGAACUAGGUAGCAACCAUACCACCACAGCUACUUCCAAACAAUGGAUUAAUGGUUUAAGCACUUUAAUGAAGGAUAUGCUACAACAAAAACAAAUGCAGCAAGAUCAAAAGCAAGCUUCAGGUCUUAUCUCGCACAAGAAAUCUCAUUCCAAAAAGAAAGAUACGCCAAAUCCAGAAUUAGCCGACAAAUCUGUUGAUGAAUUAUUAAAUUUCAUUGAAGGUGAUGAAGCUAAGGGUAAAGAUACUAAAAAAACAAAAUCUAAGAAGAAACAUAGCAAAAAAUAA